GGGGUGGAGGGAGCAUCACAAUGGCUUUCAGGUCAAAGGCAGGUGUGUGGCUGGCAGGGUCCUGGCUGUGCCUGUGCAAGGUGAGAGCCCUGGGCACCAGUGCAGCUCUGGGUGCCAAGGCAGUGCUGCCCUUUGAAGCCAUACCCCAGUGUGCAGGCAACAAGUGGCUGAGGGUGCUACAGAUCUGGAAGGAGCAGGGCCAGGAGAACUUGCACCUGCAGAUGCACCGGGCUUUCCAGGAGCUGGGACCCAUUUUCAGGUAUGAAGUGGGAAGAACACAGAUAGUAUCUGUGAUGCUGCCUGAAGAUGCUGAGAAGCUGCAUCAGAUGGAGAGCCUGCAGCCCUGGCGGAAGCCCCUGGAGCCCUGGAUGGUCUACAGAGAGCACCGAGGACAGAAGCCCCUGGGCGUAUUCUUGCUGAAUGGAGCUGAAUGGAGAUUCAACCGUCUGCGGCUGAAUCCAGUCGUGUUGUCAGGAAAGGCCGUGCAGAAGUUCAUCCCCAUGGUGGACGAGGUGGCAAGAGACUUCUCCGAGGCCCUGAAGAAGAAGGUGCUGCAGAAUUCCCGGGGGAGCCUGACCCUGGAUGUCCAGACCAGCAUCUUCCACUAUACCAUCGAAGCCAGCAACUUCACUCUUUUUGGAGAGCGGCUGGGCCUAUUUGGCCCACACCAGAACACUGGCAGCCUAAAGUUCAUUCAUGCGCUGGAGGCCAUGUUCCAGUCCACUGCUCAGCUCAUGUUCCUGCCCAAGAGCCUGUCCCGCUGGAUGAGCUCCCAGGUGUGGCAGGAACACUUUCAGGCCUGGGACUACAUCUCUGAGUAUGUCGGGGGACAUGGGUGUCUGGAGUUGUGGGGUGCCAGGGCUCUGUGCUGCUCGGGGCACGCCCUUCCCCUCCAGGGGAGGGUGUCCUCAUGGAGGGGUGCCCUGGGGCUGGGGCGCCUGGCCAGUGCCGUGGUCUGAGCCUUGUCCCCGUGGCUCCUGCAGACAGCCUUCCCCUUGGUGAUGACGCUCUUUGAGCUGGCUCGGAACCCCAAUGUGCAGGAGGCCCUACGCCAGGAGAGCCUGGCAGCAGAGGCCAGCAUCUCUGCAAACCCCCAGAGGGCCCCCUCAGAGCUGCCCCUGCUGCGGGCUGCCCUCAAGGAGACCUUGCGGCUCUACCCAGUAGGAAGCAUUUUGGAGCGAACCACCAGCUCAGAUCUGGUGCUUCAGAACUACCACAUCCCAGCUGGGACCUUGGUCCACAUGCAUCUGUACCCAAUGGGCCGAAACCCCGCGCUGUUCCCCAAUCCUGAGCGCUACAUCCCCCAACGCUGGCUGGACAGCCAACUGCCCUUCCACCAUCUGGCCUUUGGCUUCGGGGUGCGCCAGUGUCUGGGCCGGCGCUUGGCAGAGGUGGAGAUGCUGCUUCUGCUGCACCACGUGCUGAAAUCCUUCCAGGUGGAGACACUAGUCCAGGAGGAUGUGAAGCUGGUGUACCACUUCGUUUUGAGACCCGCCUCCUGUCCCCUCCUCACUUUUCGGCCUGUCAACUAGUCACAUCUGCGCACUGAGGGUGCCAGCCCCACCACCAGCCUCCCUCUGCCCUGACCCCAGCCCACCUCUCUUCUGUCCCAAGGGCUCUGCUUCCUGGGCCCCAACACGGUCCAGCCAGCCCCUGGCCCAGUGGACUGGCCCAAGCUCCAGGGCAGGACAGGACUUGCCGGGCUGUGCAGCAAAGCCAGGACGCACUGAGGAGGAUCUUGGUGGCAAGUCCAGGCUUUGUUGCCAGCCUCACCGAGCAGUCUGCUGGGACAUGUUCCGCAGCCCGCUUGGCAGCAGCUCCUGCUCCUCCUGGCCAUCAAGUGGCCUCUGAUGAUGCCUCCCCCCAUUGGUUUCCUGUGCAGCCCCAUUUUCCCUGUCCUCUUAUACUACCCCCCCUUAAUGUAUGUGCAUGAUUUGAGAGACAGGAGGAGGAACCCAGCAUCUGAGGGAUCAGGUUGACCUCAUUUUUGGCCUCCAUUCCGCAGCAGCUCAUGAGUGAAAUAGCUCUGCACACCCAUCACCAUGGAGCAUCACCUGUAGUGCCUAAUGCAAUAUCCUCAUGGUGGCUUAACCCUGCACAUUCCCAUUGGCGAGGAUAGAAAUCUGAGUCUGAACAGGAUGUAACUGGACAUGUCACCAGUGUCAGUUUCUGGAUUCAAAAGUGACAUAACAAGAUAUCUCUUCCCCUGUGGGCAGAACGGAGCAGUGGCACAGCCACUUUGAGAAACUGCCUUGCUAUUCCUCCAGGAGUAUAUGUGGAGGUCCUAGCAGACCCUACAUCUUCACCCUAGGCUUGUACCCAGAGGGCCCAAGGUCACAUGAGAGCUUCUGUAGCUGUUGAUGGUAAUGUUACAAAGGUGCAGAAACUCCAGUGUCCAUCAGAAGGGAUCCACAAAAUAUGUGUGGCAUUCAUCCAGUGAGACAUGACUCAGGCAUAAAAGUGAAGAACUAGCACAUCUGCAUGGGUGAGCCCUGAAAACACCAUGCUAACCGGAAGAAGUGGGUGACACAAUGUCACACGUUAUAAACUCCAUUCCUAGCACAUGUCAGGAUUGGAAACCCAUAGAUAGAAAACAGGCAGCACUGGUGGCCUGGGUGGGUAAUGGGUGUGGUGUUUAUUUUUGAGGUCACAUAAGUGUUCCAAACUGGACUGUGGUGAUGACUGGUGAAUCUGUGAAUGUACAAAACAUUCCUCAAUUCUACACAGAAUUGGUGGGUUGCAUGGUGUGUGAUAACAUCUCACUAAAGUUACAGAGCAUAAGAAGUGCCUAGAGGAACAAAAGCAGCUCACCUGAUGAAACCACAGAGGAAUUCCUGAAUUUGCAGGGAGGCAGAAAAGAGCAGCAGCCUCACUGCAGAACCUGAGGACUUGCAGGGAAACCAGCAUUCAGGCACGUUUCCAACCAACAGCAUUUUCCUUUAUUUUGCUCUUACAACAAGGCAUGAAGGGGCCAACGGGAGGCCUGACACAGCGUCUCCAAGAGAGAACAGCAGCAUUCUGAGCAACAGGGGAAGAUGAAUGGACCUCCAAGAGGCCAUCUCAAGUCACUGUAUUACUGACGAUGAUAGAAGCAAAGCUCAGGAAAAAUUUUGGUUCCCCCAAAUAUGCAGACCCUUCUAGUAGAUCCUCCUCAAUUAUUUCCUUACCAGUGGUUCCUUCUCCACAUUAGAAGGUUCUCCAAAAUUGCAUGUCAUCCCACUACAACAUUGAAUAAAUCGAAGCUGUUAAUCC